AUGUCAAUGGACCCCCCUCCGCCACCAGCUUCGGCCGGCGACACCGAUGCCCCAGUUGUCGCGCCGAAGACUACACGCAGCGAAAGUUUCUCGUCACAGAAAUCCACCGACUCUCAAACUGCUGCUGAAUGCAAUUGGAAGCCGACGCGCGCGAGGCUCUUCCCUAUGUUCGUCUUCUCGCAUCUCCCUCCUAUCUACAAGAUCAGCUAUCCUGACUUUUCACAGAGCAUCGAAAGCUGCACCAAUAUUCUCGGAUCCCUUCGCCAGAGUGUCUUCGCCUGCCUGACCUGCAAUCCUCCCCCCGCCGAACCCAAGGACCCAUAUGAUGGUGCAGGAGUCUGCUAUGCUUGCUCUAUCCAGUGCCACGGCGAACACACUCUUGUCGAGAUAUUCACCAAGAGAAACUUCACAUGCGACUGCGGUACUAAGAGAUAUCCGCCUACCACUCCCUGCAGUCUGCGCCUCAACUCUACUACUAAUACCAAGGGCGGCGUGCAUUCGGAGGAGCCGGACGCGAACAACAAGUACAACCAGAAUUUUAGAAAUAGAUUCUGUGCGUGCGAGUGUGAUUAUGACCCCUUCCAGCAGAAAGGCACCAUGUUUCAGUGUUUGGGACUGGGUACGUCCGAGACAGGCGGCUGCGGCGAAGACUGGUACCACCCUGGCUGCUUGGUAGGAAUGGGGCCCAACUGGUUUGAGAGCAUGAAGAAGGAGAAGCCCGCAACUGUUAAGGAACCCACAGAGGCCACAGCUAUGCCCACAAUCUCGGAAGAUUCGGAAGCGCGCCCUGGGGACGAAGCAACGGCCGCCAAGAAACAGGACGGUGAUGAGGAUGUGGAGGAUGAGGACGAAGACCCACCGAUGCCACCCGGCUUUCCAGGCGAGGACGACUUUGAAGCAUUCCUAUGCUACAAGUGCGUUAAUGCCAACCCGUGGAUCAAAAAGUAUGCGGGCGCCAAGGGAUUCCUACCAGCAGUCUUCUCGACUCAGAAGAACGCAGAGGUAAUAGGCACGGAGGAGGUGGCCAAGAAACGAAAGGCAGAAGACGACGCCGACGUAUCAGAGGCUAAGCGACUGAAAGGUACAUCUGGGCCAGCCGAGGGUCAACCCACCAGCAGUGCUCCUGCUGUUAAGCAGGAGACUCAGGAGGCUUCGUCCGUUACAUGUCGGUGGGCUUUACUUCCAUCUCCACCGGCCGGAGAGUUCUCGCUCUUUAUGACAGAAGACUUCCGCAACAACAUAUGUCGAUGUUCGUCAUGCUACCCUAAUCUAGACCCGCACCCACAGCUUCUGGAAGAGGAAGAAACGUACGAGCCGCCAAUGUCUGAUGGCGGGAACUCGGAGCACGGAGGCUCCACAAAUGGCAGCGGCAGCCUCCUGGAGCGCGGAGAGAGUGCCUUGCGCAAUGUAGACCGUGUUCGUGCCAUCGAAGGUGUCAUGGCGUACAACCAUCUGAAAGACCAGUUGAAGCCGUUCUUCCAGCAAUUUGCAGAGAGCGGCAAAGCAAUUGGCGCAGAGGACAUCAAGUCUUAUUUUGCCAAGCUCAGAGGCGACGACCAGGCCAUCAAGGACGCGGGAGGUUCAGCCAAUGGGUCAAAGGACGAUAAGGACGAUUCGCGUCGGGAGCAAAUGGUUUGCCACAAGGAUAUGGCUCAUGAGGAUAUAUGGCCUUCUUCAAACGAUGUUGCCUGGUUUGAGCCCACAACUCCGAAUAGUAACUACAUUUCUCCGGCAGAGAGCUUCAAUGCUUCUGUAUCCCCGGCCAAGGACAAGAAUGGGUGGUACCCUCCAGGUUGCGAGGCUACGAGUAAGACGCCAGCAACCACUCAUGUUCUGUGGCGCAACGAUCCAUGUUCCCGUCACGGGACAACGAGCAUGAGGGCUUGUUCGAGACAAGCCCCCGUACUACACAUCGUGACUAGUCAGAGCAAAUGUGUAACAGCCAUGAUGGCAUCAUCGUCGAUAUUUCUUCUGAAAAAUCAGGGGAACUUAAGAUGGAUUGAUCCCGUUGAUGAAGCCGAAACUUAUGGAUCAAUUUCAAAACUUCUGUGCUUGCUCCCCGAGAAAAUCAUUGCCGGCCAGGCUGGCGACUGCGAAGAGAAUUGUCUUUUGGCGCUCUUCUGGUCUUAUGCUCGAGGCAUUUCGUUGUUGACGAACGAGUGCUUCCCCCGUAAUGACCGCGAGACAGCCCCGGCCAGGAGCAACUGCCACUCGCGUGGCCGUAGAGGCCCGGAACGCCCUUUCCAAACCUUUCAUGUGCCGUGGUAUUGUCGUCCCGCCCCUGCUCAAUUCCAUCGGGAUGCCCGCCCUUCGAAGCUGCUACGUUUCCUUUAUAUAGACCGAGUUCCGUUCUCUGCUUCCAUCACGGCUUCCAUCAUGCCGUCACCUCUUUCCCCCACAUUCGCUCCCUAA